AUUUCAGUAGCUGCAGGUCUGUCCUUCAGGAAGUGGUGGGAAAUUCCACUUAAUGGGUGGCGUGAUACGUCGUGGCAACGUGAAACUGGAGGUGGGGACUCAUGCGAUUUGAGGUCAGCCACAUUUUCAGUCAAGUGCUUCUGGUGUUCACUGUGACACGGCAGCAGGUAAAAUGCAUGUUAGUGACAAGAUGUUUGUUUCUCUUUUUGGCCUCAUUGUGCUCUCAGCUUUCUUUGUUGUACCCUCUAAGGCUAAUUACAUAGAUGAUUGUGAAGAUCUGGGAAAUGAAACACUUUACACUAGCAAUGGAAAAGCUUAUUUAAUUAAAUGUGAAAAUUAUCUCACUGAGCUUUUUAAUAGUUCUGAAAUAAACUUCACCUGGUACAAGUUGGGUGUGGAAAUGGAAGAAAUCAUUGGGGAAAAUAUUGAAGUUCAUAAUGAAGCACUGUGGUUUCUACCCAUUUCAUUCUCAGACUCCGGAUCCUAUGUCUGUGAGAUAAGAACACCACAGAUGUGUACAAAAUCAAAAAAGGUAGUCCUAGUCAAAGACUUUCCAUGUUUCUUUACUGAAUAUCUGUCAUUUGCAUCACCUUUAAGAAGCACCAUAGUCCAGUGUUUUGCAAAGGAAGAUGUCAUUGCUUUAGACAAGAACCCAAACAUUGAAUGGCUGAAGGACUGUCGGCCAGUUCAGGAAGUCUCAAGCAAAAUGGUGCAAACAAGUGAUGGUCUUCUUAUACCAAAUGUGACCCGCAACGAUAUGGGGAAUUAUACCUGCUUGAUUAAUUUUACCUACAAAGGACAUGAUUAUGUAACUUCCAGUACUAGCUUUUUAAAUAUUGCAGGUGAAUCAAAUAUCCAGGAACCACUUGUGAUAUAUCCACAAAAUAAAACAAUGGAAGUUGCUGAAGGGUCCGACUUAAAUCUGACAUGUACAAUAUAUCUUGGAGGUGACAUGAUUUCACAUACCACAAUUUACUGGACAAUAAACCACAAACUACUUGAAUUCUUCAAUGAUUCAAGGAUUACACAAAUGCCUAACAGAGAAUAUGAAUGGAAUAAUGAAAAAUAUGUUGAAGUUGAUCUUUUAAUAAGAGGAGUUACAGCUGAUUUGUAUGAAAUUCCUUUGACAUGCGUUGUCAUGAAUGCUUUAGCCAGGCAUACAGGAAAUAUUACCUUAAAAUCAGUGGACAACCACCAUAUUCGGUUAAUUCUGUUCCUGGCCAUUUCUGGAUGUAUUUUAUUACUUGCAGUAUUUGUUUGCAAAUAUUUCAAGUUUGAAAUUGUCCUUUACUACAGAAAAAUGUGUCAGCCCUUCAAAACUACAACAGAUGGAAAACUUUAUGACGCAUAUGUGAUUUAUCCAAAAACUGAAGAGAUGAACUCACACAAAGCUGAAACCUUUGCCCUUGAGAUUCUACCGGAGAUGUUAGAAAACAAAUAUGGAUACAAGCUGUUUAUUCUUGGCAGAAAUGAACUGCCUGGAGAAGCAAUUCCCACUGUCAUUGAAGAAACGAUUUCUAAAAGCAGAAGACUUAUAAUAGUCCUCACCAACUGGUGCCUCACAGAGAACCACUGGCAGACAAUAUGUGAGCAGCAGAUUGGGUUAUACACCUCAUUGGUUAAAAAUGAAAACAAAGUAAUUCUAAUUGAGCUGGAUAAGAAUAUCCAGUAUUCCAGCCUUCCAGAAUCGCUCCAAUAUAUUAAAAAAAGACAAGGCGUCCUGCAGUGGAAUCAAGCCUGUGGGUUAAAUGGAAGGUUCUGGAAGCUGUUACGAUACCAGAUGCCUGCACAAUCGAGAAUCAAAAGACACUUAUUGGAUGAUGUGGAGGGGGACAGAAUUGCAAAUCCUUUUUGAAUGUAGGAGAGCAGAUGACUUUCAGGCUACAAUUAAAAAAUAAAAGGAGUU